AUGAAUGCUUCCACCAUCGCCAUCCAUUGGCAUGAUGACAGCCAGCCCGUGUAUUCUGUGACUUUCCAGCACCGCACAGACGACAUUUCCCGCCUCGCGUCCGCCGGCGGCGACAACAACAUCCGCAUUUGGAAAGUGUCGUAUCCCAAACCAGAAAACACUCUGCCGCCCACUGUCGAGUACCUUUCGACGCUCCGAAAACACACGCAGGCGGUCAAUGUGGUGCGGUUUUCGCCGCGCGGCGACGUGCUUGCGUCUGCGGGCGACGACGGCUUGCUUAUUCUCUGGACCAAGAGCGACAAGAUCGUGGCGGAUUUUGGCCACCAGGACGACGACGCCAAGGAGAGCUGGGUGCCGCGCCACAUUCUCAACAUGCUGCUGGAGGUGUAUGACCUCAGCUGGUCGCCCGACGCGGCGUUUCUUGCCGCGGGCUCGAUGGACAAUACAACGAGGAUUUUCAGUGCCUCGGGAAACAGGCUUUGCGAGUUGACAGACCAUUCUCACUACGUACAAGGCGUGGCGUGGGACCCGCAGAACGAGUACCUUGCCACGCAGAGCGCCGACCGCACACUCCAGCUCUACCGGUGGGAAAACGGUGAAAUGGUGCCUUUGGCCAAACAUUGCCGUGUCGAGCUUCCCACGGCCAAGCUCUCAGUGGCAGGAAAAGAGCUUGACACGGCGCACCCGUCCGAGCCGUCGCUGGGCCGCCGCACGUACUUGUUCCACCUGGAGGCGCUCCAGUCGUUUUUCCGGCGCCUUGCCUUUUCGCCCGACGGGGCGCUUUUGGUGGCGCCGCUGGGUGUUUUCCGCGAGGAGCCCGACCUGCUUGAAACCGCCUACGUGUUUGUCCGGAGCGGCUUGGCGCGAGGGCCCGUGUGUCACCUUCCAGGGCUAAACAAGCCGUCAGUGGCCGUGGCCUUUAGUCCCGUGCGCUACAAGAGCAGAAACGGCGCUGUGUUUGCUUUGCCGUACAAAAUGGUGUUUGCUGUGGCGACGCAGACGUCUGUAGUGGUUUACGAUACAGAACAGCUCCAGCCUUUAGGUGUACAAGCCGAUAUGCAUUACUUGUCCAUUACAGACUUGUGUUGGCAUCCGGACGGACAGAGUCUUGUGGUUUCGUCGGCGGAGGGGUUCUGCCUGGUGAUUGUGUUUGAUGCCGGUGUGUUUGGCGAGGUGUACGGAGGAAAUUUGGAGAAAGGAGAUGGAGGUUUGGAAGGAGAUGGAAAUCUGGUGAAAAGAGAUGGAAAGUUGGAGAAAGCAGACGAAACCUUAGAGCGGGAAAAUGAGAGAGAGGCCCGAAUCGCAGAAGACAAUGCAAAAGGCGUCGUCCUGACUACUGCUGAAUACAACGAAGUAACCUGUGAUGGCGGAAAACCAGAGGAAAGAGCCACCGUGGCAACUGGAGCAGAAGACGCUAAGGACUCCUUGCAUGAUACGCAGAAACUGGAUCCUGAGAGUGUCCCAGCUAUGGAUCCUGAGAGUGUCCCAGCUAUGGACCCAACAUCUACAAACUCAGACAGGGCCGAAAAUGUCCCAACUGCCAUGGAUCCAACAUCUACAAAUUCAGACAUGGUCGAAAGUGGAUCUACGGCGGUCCUGGCAGACCAGGCGACAGCCGCUCAGAUUCUGCAGAGUCUGCCUUUCCUGCAACCCACGCAAACAGAAGCGAAUUCUCAGGUUUCGGCGCUUCUAUCGCAGUUCAUAGCUCCACCCGUAGCAGCGGACCAGAACAAGAAGCGGCGUGUCCAGCCAACGCUCAUCCAGCCGGAGAAAAACGACGGAAAUAAGUAA